ACACAUGUAACGGGCAUUAAUACGCGUUGAGUUUAACAAAAGUUAGAAUUUUCGUUCGCCGGUCGCAGGAGGAAUCGUUUAACGCGAAUAAAUUCACGUGCAAUAGUUGUGAUUAAUUGAUAAAAUAUGAAAAUGUUCUCAAUCGAUUAAGUGUUCGCAAUUUUCACAUAGUGUCAAUCACAAAGCUUACUUUAUUUUGCCAAAUAAAUGAAAAAUAAAAGUUAAACAUGAAAGUUGAUACAAUGAACGGUGCUGACCUAUCGCUGAUGGUCGAGGACGUCAGUUAUUAUAAAAUGUUAUUGAAAAUGAACUACAUCAGUGACUUGUCACAUCAGACUCAUUUUGAUAAUAUACUUCAAAUGGAACAUAGUUAUUCAAGAGAUUGGCGCCCGAUGGAAGGUGCUCAAGUAAUGACUACCAAAACAAUAAUGGUCCACAGGCCACCACAAUGUCCAUCUUGUCAUACGCAUGAUGAUGGCAUUGAUGUUGCUGAGCCGAAUCCACCAAUACCACCGUACAAUGAAGAUGCAGCCAAAUUGGCAAUGGAAGAGUUCGAAAAAGUCGCCAUGAAUGUGAAAACGGCCAGCUCGGACGACGAAAAUUGGGAAGAUCGUAUAAAGAAGUUGAACUGGACGAAGCUGGAGCACACACUAUUCGAUGCGGUCACAAACAUACUGGAUCAGGAUCAUCUGGCCCGACUGGCCAACAAGGAUCGUCCCAACGAGCCAGUACUCAGGCGAUCGAUUAUCGACAAAUCGGUGUCACGAUUGCGCAAAGCACUGACAAAAGUGGCCUGGUCGGCAAAAAUUGUACAGUGGCUUCACGGUCUACUUAUGGAUAAUUUGUCACCGAGUUAUAUGGCUUGUUAUUUGGACAUCCUGCAGACGCUGAAAUCAAAAGUACCUGUUCUUGCUGACCGGAUGAUGUUUGGACGACCAAUUAAUCAUAACCAGGACAUAUUGGGACCGGUCUUAAAACGUGCCUGGGAACCACAAGUUACGCCGAAGAACCGUAAAUUGCCUGGUAACGCCAUCAUCGUCAUUGUGCCAUCAAAUCCCGUAAUGGGAGCGCCAACAUCACGCCAACAACGAUGGUACACAUUAUUCUCAUCUAUGGCCAACGUCGUUCCCAUUCAAAUGAACAUUGUGGGAAAGCUGAUCCAACACCAGCCGAUACAAACAGUGUCCGAGCAAAUGAUCGCAGUGUCGCGUGCAAAAAUCCAGGAAAUACGCCUGGAAUCAGCCAAUCGUCACAUUAUACUGGUGGGAUUCAAUGCAGGCGCUGCGGUUGCGCUACAAGUGGCAUUGGUGGAAAAUGUCAAUUCGGUGAUCUGUAUGGGAUUUGCCUUCAACACAUUGAACGGUGUGCGUGGUCAGCCGGAUGACAAAAUUUUGGAUUUGACCACCCCGGUUAUGUUUGUGUUGGGACAGAAUUCGGCUAGAUCAAGUCAAGAAGAAAUCGAAUCAUUACGUGAGAAAAUGCAAGCCCAGACAUCGUUAGUUGUUGUUGGUUCGGCUGACGAUGCACUUCGAGUGGGCAAACAUAAAAGACAAAUCGAAGGCGUUACUCAAACGAUGGUCGACAAUAUGAUUAUGGAUGAAAUUUCGGAAUUUGCGUCCACAUGUAUAAUAAACCCGCCAGCACCGAGAGAUCUGCAAAACGAAAACAUCGCCACGAAGCAUACGAAUGGUGGUCAUGCGCUCAGUUCGUACAAUAAAUCGGGAGUUUUGACGCCGCACGGUGUUAUGGCAAAAAAGAGGAAAAUCAGUUUGACCGAUCCGGACGUACCCAAAGCGAAAAUGAUUCGAACGAACGACGGACUUUCGAAAAUAUCUUCAGUGCCUCCCAGAAAAGACAACGAACAACGCGAACACCUGCUUAAUAUUUUAAAGCAGAAAGCUCAGCAAAAUGCGCAGUAUAAAACAUCGUCCGUUAAUAAUGUCGGUCGUCCACGCAUUCAUCCGCAACCAAGUUCUCCAAAGAAAACGAAACCAAAAAUUGCCCAACCAUCAGCCGACGCGUUGAACAUGGCAAUCGAGAGUAUUCUACCGAAAAAUCAGACUACAAUCAAGGAAAUCAAAGCCAGUGAAAUCACCACAUCGUACACAAUACUGACGAACGUUGUGCCAACCACAACAGCCAAAUUGGACAUACGAACCGUACCAUCGUCGUCGAUACAGAGCAGUGUCCCGGCAACGGGUGCCAACAAAAUCAUUACGAUUCCGUUGAACAUUCAACGGCAAAUGAAGAACGUUAAAGUAGUGCCACCGAGUCAAUUCAUUCAGAUCAAACAAUCAGCCGCUGCUAAUGCAUCGAAAGUUUUCACCCUGAAACCGAAUCCGUCGGUGAAGCAACAAAAUAACACACCGAUACAGUACACUGUGCGUGCACAGCCAACGAACGAAAUUCGUCAAUUUAAGACAUCGUCGCUCACGCCUCUGAAAUUAUCCUCCGGAUCGGGUCCACAAAUAUUGUCAUCUGUGCAGAUAAAACCACCGCAAUCAAAACCAACGUCUUCGAUUGCAUUGAAUCCCACAAAGUUCACCAUUGUCAAUCAGACCACAAAUGCAUCCGGUGCACAAAUCAAUAAAAUUAUCACGACGUCCACAACCAGUGAGGCCACUAAACUAGAUUCGGACAUAUCGACUGCGGACAUUUUCGAUAUACCGAUCCUGUUUGCCGAUAACGAUGGAAAUAUACAAGAAAAUGAGGCAACACCCGAAGUGACAAUGGCCUCACCAUCUUCAUCAUCAAUUAUCAUAUCUCCAUCCCAAGCCAAUCGAAUAAUAGUCAACGCUGCCACUCCCAUCCGAACAUCUACGAUGACAACACCACCGGUUAAUAAAAUGGUCAUCGUGAACCGUUCAGGUCAGGUGAAAGCGGUAACUUCAUCUCCAGGCUCAAUACGAUCGAUGCCUCCGCUUAAAUAUACAAGAGUGCUUGUAUCAACACCCAGCCCGAGUCCCAUAUCAUCGACCACCAACAAAAGUGAUCUGAUAACUGCAAACGCUACCAUGAACAUAACAACAGCUACAACACCGCAACCAGUUUUCAAGCAAACAUCAUUUCUGCCAGGCAGUAAGGUCGAAAUUGUAAACAAUACAAUAGUGAAGUCAUCGCCGAAUACCAGCACUGCAUCGAUUACCACUCAGCAAGCCAAGUACAAGCCAAUUGUAAUAAAUGUUGACUCGGACAAGACAACCGUGAAGAAUAUUAUUCGUGUGGGUGACACCCAAAUCAAAACGCCCAACACCAUUGUACUGAAACCGGCCACGAAAACUUUUCCGAUUUUAAAUUCUGGAAUUUUAAAUCAUCGCAAUUUGACGGUACGCAAAGUGGUCAAUUUGAUACCACAAAAGCAAACGACAGUGACAACGGCACCAGCAAAUGUUGCCACUGGAUCGGAAAUGGACAUGAUUGUCGUGCCGAAGAGCACAGAAGAAUAAAUGAGCCGCGGCGUUCUAUUUUUUUAAGUUGUGUGGUCGCAUCCAAAACAUUUAUGUUAUUGGCAACAUGUGUAGUGUAUGCUUGUAACGAUUGACAUUGACUUAAGUGGUUAAGAUGGAUGAGUUAGAAAAAUAGAAAUCGUUUGAAAUGUUUUAAAUUUUGUUAUCCUAAGAAGAAGAAGAAGAAGAAGAAAUACAAAGUAUGAUUAGAAGUACCGGAAAA